AUGGAAAAGACAAACCCAACUGCUUGGCUGGAUGCCGUCCUAUGGCACUUAUCCCCACGUCUGGGUGCAGCCCCUGCUCCUGUAUCCUUUCUGACCUCAGCUCGUGCUGUUGCUCAGCCAAAGAUGUUUCACUACACCCCGGACAACGAUGUCCUCACCACAGAGCAAAGGCAGUUCUAUGAAGACAACGGGCAUCUGCUCGUUAGGAAGCUCAUUUCUGAUGAAGACAUUGAGCACUUCAGGCAGGAGUUUGUGAGGAUCUGUAACAAGGAGACGAAUCCACCAGGAGUUCUGAUAAUGAGAGAUGAGAUCCACAGACCCAACUUCAUUCAGUCUGAAAAAACAGUUAAUAAAGUGCAUGAUUUCCAGGAAGAUGAAGAGUUGUUUAGACACCGUACUCUGCCAAAAAUCCUAAAAUGUGUUGUAUACUUCACAGGGCCAAACAUAAUGGCCAUGCAAAUGAUGCUGAUAAAUAAACUUCCAGAUCCUGGUAAGCAGAGCUCCAGGGAGAAGAAAAUGCAGAAUUCUCGUCACCCCAUGCGUCAGGACUUGCACUAUUUCACCUUCCCUGCGGACCACAUUGUGUGCUCCUGGACCACCAUGGAGAGGACUGAUGGGGACAAUGAGUGCCUGGUGGUGCAGCCAGGGAUGCACAAGGAGCCCCUGAAGCCUCAAGGCUAUCCAAAGUGGGAGGUAGAGCAGCACGGGGGCUGCCGCAAUUAUGAGAAGCGUCCCAGGGUUCACGUUGUCAUGGAGAAGGGAGACAUGGUGUUCUUCCACCCCCUGCUUAUUCAUGGCUCUGGAGAAAACAAGACAUCAGGUUUCCAAAAAGUAGGAUACCACCUGUAG